UUUCAACCGUCUAACCUUUUUCAUGCAACAAUCAUAACUGCGACACCGAUCGCAUCACAAGCGUCAGAUCGCUGGUAGGUCUGUUAAUUCUCAGACUAUGCAACAGCAACAACCUACAAAGAAUGGAUCUGCGCAAUGAGCCGCUCUGGCAGUGGCCCUCGGAGCCGGCUGCGCCGCCUCAGUCGGAUCACACCGAGCAGGAACCCCCUACAGAAGCCCCUCCACAGGAGGAAUCGGGCAAUACCACAGAGGAGACUAGACAGCGGCACUACUCGCCCCGGACUUGUCGCAUCUGCCUGGAAACGGUCUAUCCCACCUUCCCUCCUCCCUCGGAGCAUAUCCCGGGGUUUCUGCAGCCCCAGCAACGGCCUGUCUACGAAUCGUCGGACCCGGAGUCCGGUCGAUUGCUUCGUCCCUGCAAAUGCAAAGGAUCCUCCCGUUAUGUGCACGAAGGAUGCCUGGAACUGUGGCGGCACUCGGACGCAGCCUACAGCCGUCGCAAUUAUUGGCACUGCCCGACCUGCGGGUUCCAUUACCGACUAGAACGUCUCCGCUUAGCGCGCUGGAUUAGUAGCACCGUGAUGCAGCUCGCGUUGACUCUCGUCAUUCUGUUGUUUACUGUAUUCUUGCUUGGUUUCGUUGCUGACCCCCUUUUCAACAUCCUCCCGGACACGGAUGAUCCCCUCGCACCCACCGAGAUGCGGGAUAUCUGGCCCGUGCCACCGGAGACCAGGAUCCUGACGGGUGACCACAAGGGCUCCUGGCCUGAGCACUAUCUCAAGGGAGUGGUCACUCUGGGCUUGCUGUCCUGCAUCAAGUCCGUUCUUGCGUUCUCUUCCUGGCCCGGGCUGACGCUGCGUUCCACGCGCCUGAUCAACGGCAGCAGCUCCGGCCGGAAUACCGGGAGGAACCGAGUCGGCUGGCUGCUCGUUGUCGUCGGCGUGGGUACCUUCUUGUGGGCUGUCUACAAAGGCGUGCGGACCUGGAGUCGCAAAGUCCUGGAGACAGCUGGCGCGCGUGUGAUGGAUGUUCCUUUACCGGACGACGAGGAGGAAGCCGAGCCUCUGGCGACGGAUCAGAGUAAGAAGGACGAUUAGCGCCGGGCCUGGGCCUCGCACCAUCUGUCAUGACUCUUUCCGGAGCCAUCGUAAACCAACCCCGUGAUUCGAAAUUCGUCCUCCCCGCACUACUUAAGUUGCCACUCUCCUUUUCUUCUAUGAGGUGUCAAUUAGUCGAUGUGCGCAGAAUGCCACCGACCCUCGUUAACUUCCGAGGCUCGUUUUGAUGAGUGGACUUGGGUUGGCGCCGGAACGUUUUGUUCUACUGCCUUCCCGUCUCACUCGCUUAUGUCAAACUUGCCCGGAGGGAGGGUCAGCCUGCACUUCUCUCGAUCCAAAUAGGCGCUACGGUUCUCAACGGCGUUUUCGAUCGGGGUGCUGUACAUGCUUAGUCGUAUUGGUAAUCUUAUCAAUCUAAUCUACUUUUCCAA